ACGCCGAUCAUUUCCUUUUGCAGUGAAAAUCAUUUUCCAUUGAAAGAGGAAUUGGAAGGCUAUUGCCGAAAGAGCCAACACAAAAGACAGUGUUUUGUUGUGAAGGUGACCAUUUCUUCUUUUGUUUCAAAUGUCCAAAUUACAGACAGCAACAGUUCGCUCUGCAGUAGCAGAUAUUUUAAGAGAGUCACAAGAAAAGAAGCGCAACUUUGUUGAGACGGUAGAACUCCAGAUAGGCCUUAAGAACUAUGAUACCAAAAAGGAUAAGCGCUUUAGUGGCUCCAUAAAGCUUCCGUACAUUCCAAAGUCUAAGUUACAAGUAGCUAUAUUGGGAGAUGCUAUUCAUGUUCAACAAGCACAGGAACUUGGAAUAGAUGCUUAUGAUGUGGAAGCUUUAAGGAAGUUCAACAAACAGAAGAAACCCAUCAAAAAGUUUGCUAAGAAAUAUGACGCAUUUCUAGCUUCAGACUCUGUUAUUAAGCAACUUCCGAGAAUAUUAGGUCCCGCGUUGAAUAAGGCAGGAAAGUUUCCGACACCCAUUUCGCACUCAGAUAACUUGCAAGAAAAAGUCAAUGAAAUCAAAGCUACUAUCAAAUUCCAGUUGAAGAAAGUACUUUGUAUGGGAGUAGCAGUUGGUAACGUGCAAAUGACGGAAGAUCAGUUGGUUGCUAAUAUCACACUCGCUAUCAACUUUUUGGUUUCUUUGUUGAAGAAGAAUUGGCAAAAUGUCAAGUCAUUACACAUCAAAAGCACUAUGGGCAAACCCAAAAGAAUUUUUUAGUAAAAUGUUGUUUGUUUUUCUAUCAACUUUGUUAUCUCAGCAAUCAUAUAAUAA